CAAGUCACGUGACACUAUCGUGACGCCGUGUCAGCUGACAGCAGAGGAACCGUCAACCGUCCGUCGACCUUCGUGGCUCCGUGUUUCUCCGGUUCUUGUGUCGGUGCGUCCGCGGUUCUCUCCCCGGUAUGGCGAGCCAGUCUCAGGGCAUCCAGCAGCUGCUGCAGGCCGAGAAGAGAGCGGCCGAGAAGGUGGCGGAGGCCCGGAAGCGUAAGAACCGGCGCCUGAAGCAGGCCAAGGAGGAGGCCCAGGCCGAGAUCGAGCAGUACCGCCUGCAGAGGGAGAAGGAGUUCAAGACCAAGGAGGCCGCAGCUCUUGGUUCCCAUGGCAACAGUGCAGUGGAGGUAGAUCGGGACACGGUGGAGCGCAUGGCUCGCAUCCAGGACAGUUACCGUAGUAACCGAGAAGCAGUGCUGGGGGAGCUGCUGCGGCGCGUCUGCGACAUCCAACCAGAGUUUCACGCCAACUACCGAGUGGCUGGCUAAGUGGGAGGAGCUUAACCACAGCAGGAGUACAGGGGUGGGGCUAACUCGGCUGCCACAGCGGCGCUGCCCUUGUUUUGUUGUGAAGGUGUUGAUGUUCCUUUGUGCUGACGUCUGUGUACCCGUGCUGAUGUUUAGAGUAUUUAUACAUGAAAACAUGGAUGUUUAGUCGACCGGAACCAAAGCCGCUCCUCUGACGGCAAACUGACGGAAAAAAGGAGAGGCUUUUAUUGUGAAAUUCUGCAUCAAAUUUUGUUGUAGUUGCUUCCUGCACGUGACAUUGUGACUUCCUGCUGUCUGAGUGUUGAACAUAUUAAAGUGAUCACUGAUUGGCUGAA